AUCAGAACCGCAUAUUAACAUAUUACCAGAUACGCUGUCUUAUCUGAUAACUGAUGCAUGUAACGGGGCUAUCAUUUUGUGGAAGUAGAUUUUAAAGUAGAACACAAAAGGUAUUAUUAUUUUAUGAUGACUAUCUUCCAACUACACAAUAGUUUCUUCAAUCUAAAGAAGGCGUAAAUGGAAAUGUAUGGUACCACGAUGCCGCUUUCGCCUGCUGCAGGAAGUUGUUUAUUUGAGUCGAUUCAGCGCGGUGAAAUCGAUCGAGUUUCUCAUUUAAUACAGCAGGAUCGGGGUGUUUUGAAGCAAAAAGGAUGGGGUGGUUUCACAGCCCUCCACUUUGCUGCUCUCCAUGGAAAUCGGCCAAUGGCUGAACUUCUGCUAAACAGUGGUGCUGAUCCGAACAUCCCUUGUGAUGCAGGACAAACACCUUUUCACUUUGCUUGCAGAAAUGGGAAUACAUCUAUCAUGCACAAAAUGAUGCAGCAUGGUGCAGACUUACACAUAGUAGACGAGCAAGGGAAAACAUCUCUUCUUCAUGCAGUUGGUGGUGGAAGCGUUAUUGCUAUGCAGUACCUGUGGGAGACUGGAAUGUUCCGUUUCUCAGAUGCAGAUAAUUACCAGGUCACUCCAUUACAUUUGGCAGCUUCCACGGGAAAUACUGACGUCGUCCGCUAUCUCCUUAGAGCAAAUAGAUGCACACCAGAGGCUUUUGACCACCAGGGGGCGACAGCACUUCACGUUGCAGCAGAGAAAGGCAUGAUUGAUGUGUGCUGGCUACUGUUGAAGAGUGCCGGACUCCACAUUUUGCACAUGAAAAACCACACUGGCCUCACACCUCUAGACCUCUGUAAUCGAGGAAAUACUUUUAGACAUCAGCAACUCUCCAGGAUUUUGAUGCGUUUCAGCCAAUGGCCAAAGGAUCUGAAACCUAAAGAUUCAUAUGUGCUGUACUUCUGGAUGCUGCUGUUGCCAUCUCUCAGUGGGGCAGUGGUUCUCAUUAUUGCUGCAGCUCUUGGAGAAUAUGGUGGCAUCUUUGCUGCGGUGCUUUUCCCUUGUAUGGCAAAAGUCAUUCUUUCACAAUACCACAGAUUGAGCAGUUUUCAGAGAUUACCAAACCCUAUUUACCUUGGAACACUGACUGCAGGCAUAAUUCAUUCCACAGCCUGCUUUCUUCAUAAAUUUGUGCCUAGUUUCUGGCCAGCUUAUACCCUCUUACACAUUUCAUUUUUCCAUAUUUGUGUGCUCAUUGCACUUCUUUGGAAGGUUUUAAACCGGAACCCAGGACAACUCAAAGAAGCGGAUACUGAUGCCCAGUUUUCCGGUAUUGGAGACUUAUUAGAAGCCAACCAGAGCCCAGACAGAUUCUGUAUUUACUGUGAGCUUAUUCAAGUGGAAAACUGCAGACACUGUCGUUUGUGUGACAUGUGCAUCCAAGACUACGACCACCACUGCCUAUUCCUCAAUCAGUGUGUGGGACGGGACAACCACCGUCUUUUUGUCCUCUUCAUCAUGGCCAUGGUAGUGGCUCACCUUAUCUUCAUCUGCAGUGCCUUUUACUACCUCCACCUGAAACUGUCAGGUUUGCAGCUCUCUGACUGGGGAACCAUGGCUGGAAAAGAGGCUUGGGUCCUAUUGUUGACUCUGUUUAACAUCCUCUCUCUGAUCUGGGUGUGCUGGUUGCUAAGUGAGCAGCUUGAUGCCAUUUCCAUGGGGACCACCACCUACUUUAGGAGGUACAACCACAAGGGGCCUUCUAAAAGACAACGUUUGGCUACAGUCCUUUCUUUUCUGCUUGAGGGGAAAAGAAGCCAGCAGCACUUUCAGUCUGUCAUAUAGACAUUUUAGAUUUGUCUAGGGUUUAUUGUGAAUUUGCAAAGCAACAUCACAGUCUCCCUCUCUUCUUUUUUAAAAUUUUUAAUAGAAUGCUCCUGGUUAAAGCAAAAAGACAGAUCUGCUCUCAUUGAAAAUGAAUGGUUUCUUGUUGCAUUCAGGGACAAAAUCCCUGACCUGUGUGAAUGGGGCUUUAAGCUUUAUGUUAAGGUGAUCGAAUCACUUACCAAUUUCUUCUGUAUUAUCUUUUUCUUUUCAAAGUUAUCUCCAAUUUUCAACAUAUUUCCACUCUGGCCUGUUUUACACCACAUGCAAAAGCAGUGUGUAAGCAGUGCAUAUAGUUUGCUGGCGCCCAUAAUACAAUGAAAACGCACUACAAAACUAUUUAACCACAUAAUCUUUUGCAAUGUAGCCAUUUAUGAAGCAAUUUAAAAUACUGGAAUUAACUUAACACCUACUGUUUAAAAUCAGACAUCUGGUGGGUUUGAUGCAAGUUCUACACAGUGACCGGUACACAAACACACUUUAUAGCUACACUUUGUCUUUGCUUCCCUUUAGAAAAAUGAGCAUUUGUAAAUACCUUGAUCCCUCAUCUUUUUUAAAUAUGAUUUUACAAUUAACAAGUACGUAAUAACUCUGAAUGGCCGACUAACAAUAAUCUUUUUAUUAUUUAAGUUAAAAAAUAAUUUUGUUAAUAAAGGAAAUAUUCAAUUUAAUAUCAAAAACCCUCUUGAUCUGUAAAAAGCUGUAGCUCUGACUGUGAUUUUGCUGCAUGAUAAUGUGGAAGCUCACCACAAGUCUGUAGGUUCACUGCAGCUUUGCGUAUGUACUGCUUUGGCAUACGUUGUGAAACAGGUGUAACAUGUAAGGGUGCCAGGAAGGGGUGUGAUACUAUCCACAUGUCACUUUGUACAUAGAGAAGAUCUACACACAGGAAUUACAUCAGUAACACAUUACCAGAAAUUCAUCAUGUGUAAUUCAAUUUAGACAACUUUAUGCUCAAAAUUAAGAAAAUUCUUUACAAAAAUAGAAAUAAAAAUGUCAAAUUAUUGUAUAAAUUAUUAACAAUUACACCAAAUGCUAGAGUUAAAAUUUUAUUUAACCUGGAAUAAUAUAAUUAUUGUUGGAUGCAGGAAAUAUUCCCUAUGAUGUGAAGCCUUUGCAAAUGUUUGUACUUUGUUCAAGUUUUAUUAUACAUUAUAAAAAAAAUUUAAUAUUUGUAAUAAUGCUUGAAUUAAACAAAUGUCAAUGUUGCCUAUUCCAUAAUUGUAU